AUGUAUUUUAGUUUAGCAGCACUGUUUAUAUUAGGUACUUAUUUAGUACGUAAGGAUAAAAUCACAUUUGAAUCUCUUUUAUUAUGUUUUAAUUGUAUUGCAUUUGAUGCACAAAAUGUUGGACAAACAGCAUCUAUGGCUCCGGAUUAUAGCAAGGCUGUUCAAGCUGCUGAAAAAAUUUUAGGACUAUUGAAUCGAAAACAGUCUAUUGAUAAUGAUUCAUCUGAUGAUGAUGAAAUACUCAAAUUUAAUGGCAAUUUCGAAUUUGCUAAUGUUCAUUUCAUUUAUCCAAACAGACCUGAAUCAGUUAUUCUUAGAGAAUUUACACUUAAAAUUCAGGCUGGUCAACAAGUUGCACUCGUUGGUGUAUCUGGUUGUGGAAAAUCAACAACUAUUCAAUUAAUCGAACGUUUCUAUGACACAAAUUUAGUUGAUUCAAACGAUAUUCGGAGUUUUAAUCUUCAAUGGUAUCGAUCACAAAGUAUGUCAUAUACUUCAUUAUUCUUCUUCCUUUUUCUAUUUAAUAUGAAUAUUUUUUAUUUAGUAUCGUUUUACAAAGAUCAGUUUUAUUUCAUAUGUCAAUAAAAGAAAAAAUUUUUUAUAUUGAUAACAGUCGAAGUGAUAUUUCCUGUGAAAGAAGUCAUUGACGCAGCUAAAAAUGCUAAUAUACAUAAUUUUAUUCAAAAACUUUUAAAUGU